GGGGGCCGACUGCGUUGUCUGAUUAGUUAAGCGGUCCACCAUUUAGGGCUAGGGCUCAUUGCUGCAUAGAUCAAUAGCAAAAUCCAAAGUCGCAGUCACAAAAUGCCCACUUACUUAGGACAACUUUUACGUACAGCCUAGCCUCAUGCACUUUGCACGUACUGUAAGUAGUCACGCACGCACACGUUUGAGGCCUAGCCACGGAAACACAGCCGUCGACCGCUUCAGGAUUCUACUCCUUAAGGAACUCUUCACGGUCACCGGGUGUUUCCCCGACGACUUUGGUCUUAAAAGCGUGCCAGUUGUCUCUGCAGAUUCUCUGGAUUGUCGGUGUGUACUUCCAGGGAACUGACUGAUUGUGACUGUGGCGUUUGGUGUUAGGCAGUUGGGAAAAACAUCCCAAGAAGUAACAAGACUUGUUCGGUCUGCCGUUGGUGGUCCGCUGGGUCUGAAGGGUUCAACGUGCCGUGAACAGUUCACCGCCGAACUGACCGGGGUCUUUGCCUCACUGCGUGCCACCUCGGAUCCGAACGGGUCGGUGCCGGCUGUUUUCCAGCUUUAGUGCUGUGGUUUCUCGAGAGCUGUCAACAUCCUGCUGCUCGGGUCGUCUGAUGGUGGAUUGAAACGAAAGCGUUCGUCUGUACCUCUUGUAACAUCUGCAGGAAAUGUGUGUCAGGCCUGUUGGAAUGAAUGCAUGUUGAGUUGAACAUCCAAAGUUUAGUCGGCCUCCGUCGUCAAUCACUCUAGCCUAGGAAAUACCAUUCUUUUGCUUUGCUCGACCGUCAUCAUGGCCUAGUUUGCUCUCUCUUCUGAACGGGAGUUUCAUACAAAAGUUGGAGCCCCCAUUCUGCAAGGAUGCGACUGUCUCCCCUGUAGAAUUUGGGCAAAGCAACAUCAAAGCAGCACCAUAAACUGUACUGACUCAGUCAAGCAGUUUGUGGAAACUUUAUAUUGUCAAUUUAUCUUUCUGUGGUGCACAGUUUUUUUCAGCUGCAUUGGGAUCGGAAAUAAUAGUGAGAAAGUCUUCGUUGCUGGAGCAAUUGGCAUUGCCGCAUCCAUCACAGAGGAUUAUAAUCACCAGCAUGUGUUCGACCGUCAUUUGGAUGUGACAAGGGAGAUUUCCUGAUGACAAUUCUGACUUGAAAAUGACGAAGAGUAAUGUGACAAGAACUUGCUACGCAAGUUGGAUUCUCCUUGGUGCUUCCAUAUUGUUGUAUGCAGCGAGGGUCCAAGGCACCUGUUUUUACGAAGGUCUCCACUAUGCGAACAACACAGUAUGGGAGGUGGACCCCUGCACAACAUGCUCGUGUCUAGGAGACCUGGUCAUCUGUGAGCCCAAACAGUGCCAAGAUCCUAGGUGUGACUUUCAAGGGGGGGAAACGUUACGCAUACAGCCCAACAGAUGCUGCCCAGAAUGUGCGCCCGGUGCAGGCUCCUGUGAAUACCAAGGAGAAAUAGUAGGGCACAACUCGCAGUGGAGUCUGUCACCCUGCCGUUCCUGCUAUUGUAAUAAUGGGGUAGUCCAGUGCAGGAACCAGUCCUGCGGCAUAACACAGUGCAGGCCGGGGGAGGUCCUACACCAGCUGCAGGACGAGUGCUGCCCAAGAUGCAUCCGGCCUGGCCGGUCGUGUACAUAUAGGGGUGUACCAUACAGGGAUGGGGCCGAGUGGUCGCCGGUCAAGUGCACCAAGUGCAGAUGCGACAACGGCAUGUCUCGCUGUUUCGUGGCGGACUGCCCACCGUUAUUCUGUGGUCAGAAUGAAGAAGCAGUAACUCCACCAGGCAAGUGCUGUCCUGAGUGCGUAGGACAGUCCUGUGAAUUAGAUGGCUUAAUUUAUAAAGAUGGGUCGCAGUGGCAAGCGGACCCUUGUACAUAUUGUAAAUGCUACGCCGGCAGCAUAGAGUGCAAGCAACUGCGCUGUGCACAAGACUUCACGUGUAGACAGGGAGAGAGGAAAGUCACCAAAGAGGAGCAGUGCUGUCCGGAGUGCGUGUCAGCUGAAGCCCCCUGCAAUGAUGUAGGUACGCUACGCUACAGUGGCGAUGUGUGGAACGUCUCGGCCUGUGAGUUCUGCAUAUGUCAGCAGGGCAGGAUAGACUGCUACGCGGCCGAGUGCGACAGGCUACGCUGUGAAGUGGGUGAGUCUCUCGUACACAGAGAGGGCAGAUGUUGCCCCGAGUGUGUCUCUCCCGUUGGCUACUGUGUUCACAACAGGAUAACGUACACGAACGGUGACAUAUGGGAGCCCGACGACUGCCGGACCUGUGUGUGCGAGGCUGGCCACAGCAACUGUUUCAAAGUGGAUUGUCCGCCCUGUGCGGGGGACCGCGUGCCUGUCGAGGUGGAAGGCCAAUGCUGUCCGGACUGCAUACUAGUUCAGUGUCGUCCUGAGUGCCUGACGUGCGACGCCCGGGGCUGCCUCACCUGCAGGAACCAGAGGCUGGUCCAAAAUGGACGCUGUGUGGACUCCUGCGAUAUCGGCUUCUACAAAGCCUCUCAAACGUUAUGCCAAGCUUGCCAUGAAACCUGCCUGUCGUGUACCGCUGGCACUGAGUUCCACUGCCUGACCUGCGCCGAUACGUUAUUACUGAAGUGGAGCCAGUGCAUUGUCGACUGUGGCAGCGGAUUCUUCGAACAGGACGGAAUCUGCAUCGAAUGCCACUCGAGCUGUCAGGAAUGCACAGGACCCAGAAAGUCAGAUUGUUUGGUCUGCUCUAACUCGACCCAUGUCAUCAGGAGGAACAGCUGCGUGCCCGAAUGUGGCCAAGAGUACUAUCUCCAAGGCAAUUACUGCUAUCCCUGCGAACCGUCAUGUUUUUCCUGUCACUAUGACAACCCCCGGUGCAUCCUCUGCCCAGCCAAUCAGCUCCUUCGGGACGGCAGCUGCGUGACCGAGUGUGGCGCCGGCUUCUAUCAGGCCAGCAGUACUCACUGUGAAGCUUGCCACCACACCUGUCAGUACUGUAGGGGGCCCAGCAUCUACGAGUGCAUGGCCUGUGAUGAGCCGUUCCACCUGCAAGACGGCCAGUGCCUCUACAACUGCUCCAAUGGGUUCUUUGAUAACGAGAACACCUGUACACCCUGCCACCCCAGCUGCCGUACCUGCCUGGGGCCGGCUGCCGAUGACUGCUCGUCCUGUCGGGACGCCUCCCAAGUGGUUCAGGGCCGGCCUCCUUUCUACGACGUCAUCACGGGGCCCUGCACCGCCCGCUGCCAGGAGAGCUUCUAUGCGGACAUCCACGGCAUCUGCAUACCUUGCAACCCAACCUGCUUGACCUGCACCGGUCAGUCCAUCAACAGCUGUACGUCGUGUAGGCCACCCUUACUGCUCCAAAAUGGCCGAUGUGAGAAACAGUGCUCGGACGGCCAGUACUCCGAAAACUCCAUGUGUUUAGAUUGCCACCCAAGUUGUCGGGUGUGUUUCGGCCCCGCCCCCAAUCAGUGCCUGGCCUGUCACCAGGGCGACACGCUGCAGCUGGGUACCUGCAGUGCCGGCUGCCCGAGCUCACAGUUUGCCAACGACUUUGGUGUCUGCCAAGAUUGCGACUCGGCCUGCGGCACCUGCUUUGCCGCCGGGGAGGGGUUGGAGAGCAGCACGUGCACAGAGUGCGCGGACACCGGCGUCUACCCCUUGGGGGACACCUGCGUGUCCGAGUGCGGCAUCGGCCACUUCCUGGAGGCCGGGACCAACAUGUGCAAAGCGUGUCACAUAUCUUGUCGCACCUGUGACGGUCCGAGUGUCUUUGACUGCUCCACCUGCUACUCUGGCAUCGUCCUGACACACAACGGCCUGUGCUCGUCCAAGUGCUACGGCGGUUACUACGACGACGGUGGGGUCUGUAAAGCCUGCCAGGCCAACUGUCUAGAGUGCGAGAGUCCCUAUGAGUGCCUGGUGUGCCGCAACCCAAACGACGUGCUGCAGUUCGGGGAGUGCUCGCCGUACUGCGCCGAUCAGUACUACCUGGACCCCGUCACCCGACUCUGUCAAGAGUGCGACUGGAGUUGCAACGCCUGCAGCGGCCCCACGGCCAGAGACUGUACUCUGUGCAUGGAGAACCUGAUGCUGAAGGAUGGAGCCUGUGUCUCUGCCUGCAACGAAGGCUACUAUGUGUUUCUUGGGGAGUGUAGAGAAUGCGGUGAGGACUGCAAGACUUGCAGUAGUCCAGGGGUCUGCACCUCCUGUCAGCCCCCGCGGCUCCUCCUGGGAGAUCAGUGUGUCACUCACUGCGGCGUGAGUUACUACAGCGACUACGGCCGACACGUCUGCCGAGCUUGCCCAUGGAACUGUCUGGAGUGUAGCACCCCAGACCAGUGCACCAACUGCGCCUCGGGUUCCUUCCUCCUCAGGGGCAGCUGCGAGGCUGACUGCCCCUCCGGUUACUUCACCAACCCGCAACUGAACAUCUGCGAAGCUAAUCUUUACCCGCCAACGCUUUUUGUCAACGGCACCUUGAACAGCGAGAUAGGAGGGACCACCGUCCUGGAUACAUCUUUCAUCACAGCCUACGACCCAGACACUGCCUCUAAGGACUUGACCUUUGUCCUGAUCAGCCCACCCACCAAUGGUGAGCUGAUCAAGAUCCAGCGGGGCGUGGAUGCCACGCUGGCCGCCGGUGACUACUUCACCUUCCCCGAGCUGGAUCAGGGCAGUGUGCGCUUCGUCCAUGACCGUCGCCAGCAGCUGACGGGGUUCUUCACCCUGAAGGUCGGUGACCGACAGUUCCAGUCUCCCCCCGAGGACAUCGGCAUCGUCGUCUUGUCCCCAUUGGCCCCAUAUGUCACCCGCAACCAGCCGCUGGUCGUGGAGGAAGGAGAGAUGGGCAGGAUUGCCUCAGACGCCAAUCUGCACAUCCGCGACGAGGACAACCCAGAGAUGGUGACCAUCACGGCCAUUGAGGGGCCGCGGCACGGCCGGCUGAUCAAGUUGCCGGACAGGAGCCGUGCCAAGACAUUCACGAUCAAUGACCUCGUGGCCGGGAACAUCCGCUAUGUCCACGACGGAAGCGAGACCCAGUACGAUGCCAUCGCCUUCCAAGUAACAGACGGCCACAAUGUGAUCAAUGUAUUGUUCUACAUCCAGAUUAAUCCGAAUGACAACAAAGGGCCCAUCCUGAUCAACAACGUCCUGAUGCGGGUCCGGGAGGGGGACCUUAUUCCCAUCACGUCCGAUCACCUGAAGGCCUUCGACGUCGACUCACCCAACAACGAGCUGAUGUUUACCCUCACCCCACCCAAGGGCAACCCGCGCAGUGGUGACAUUGUGAUGGUCUUGCCCAUUCCGGACGCGGGGGUGCCCUCAGGUUGGGAGGAUAUGCAGAAUGGUUACAUGAUGCAACUUCUGGUCCGAUUCGCCCAGGAAGACAUCAACCAAGGCAGGGUCUACUACCGUCACUCUGGGGGCGAGGUCACCAGCGACUACUUCAUGUUCGAGGUUGCGGACACAGCCCACAAUGUUCUCAGUGACCAAGCCUUCAACAUAGAGGUGCUCCCCAACAACGACGAACCGCCCCGGUUGGUGGCUGGCAUUGUUGAACCACUGCUAAUGCGGGUCUUUGAGGGUGAAAUCACGCCGAUCACCAACACCCAUCUGGCGUACACAGACGUGGACAGCCCAGACCCAGACCUGGUCUAUAACAUCACUACCCCGCUUCAGAUUGGUCAGGGCAGUAUUGAGUAUGUGGAUCGGCCCUUCCAGCCCACGGAUUUGUUCACGCAAGCCGACAUCAACGCCCAGAAGAUCAUCUACCGUCCUCCCAACAUCGACCUGGGACAGGAGCCAUUAUCCUUUAAGUUCUUCUUCACAGUUGCGGACAGCGUUCCCGGCGGAAAUCUAGUGGGCCCCAAGCCCUUCACCAUCUUCGUCCUGCCGAGAGAGGACAAAGUCCCGCCCACCUUGGACAACCGGUUCCACACAUUCGAGGUGCAGCGGGGCGGGCUGAAGCAGCUGCGCUCCAUCCUGGCCGAGGGGACGAACCUGGACACCCCCCAGACCGACCUGGUGUACACCCUGAUCACUGCCCCAGAGCACGGCUUCAUACUGAAGAGCGGGUUCAUCCAACUCGAUGAAGGUGCCCAGUUUACCCAUGCUGAACUGCUGCAAGAGUCCUUCCACUACGUCCAUGACAGUUCCCAGACGGAGCAGGAUAGCUUUGAGAUCACCCUGAGCGAUGGCACCCACUCGGCCAGCAUCGUCAUGGCCGUGGUGGUCACCUACACAGACACCCGCAAGCCGUCCGUCCGGCGGGGGGCCACGCUCUCCCUGCUGGUGCCUGAGAACAGCAUGGCUGUCGUCUCCCGGGAUGAGCUGUCAUUUGAGGACGACGACUCAGUCGACAGCGAGAUCGUGCUGACGCUGGACACGCUGCCACAUAGCGGCCGCUUGCAGCAGCGGAUCGCCGGUGACUUCUACCAGGACAUACCCGUGGGAGGUUCUUUCACACAAGCUGACAUCAGUGCAUACAAUAUAAGAUAUGUAGCCGAGGGGGAGAUCGGCAGCCAGGCAGUCACCGAUCUUCUGUUCUUCAACGUCAGCGAUGCCAGCGGCAAUGUCCUGAUCAAGCAGGUGUUUCCGGUCACUGUCACGCCGGUCAAUGACCAGCCACCAUCCGUGACAGUGGGUGAUGGCAUCCGGUUGGUUGAAGGAGCCCGGGAACUGAUCUCCUCAGCCAACAUUAGAGCAACUGACCUAGAUACCAGACUAAGUCAACUGAAGGUGAUCAUUGACACUGGACCAACUUUCGGCUUCAUUGAGAACAUCAGAUCAGCGCUCGGCUCCGAGCAGCCCAAUGUGGAUAUCCCUGUCACGGACUUCCGGGUGCAAGACCUGAUCGACAACACCAUCUACUACGUUCAGAGCGUGCACCGGAACGUGGAGCCCACCCAGGACGGCUUUUUGUUCCAUGUUUCGGACGAGGAGAACGACUCCCCGCAGUAUCGCUUCAACAUCACCAUCAGGUUGGUCAAUGAUGAGGAGCCCAUGCUGAUCACCGACACUCUCUUCCUGCCCGAGAACGAGGGCGCUGUAGUCACCAACGUCUCCAUGUACGCCAGCGACCUGGACACAGGGCCAGAAGACCUGAUCUUCACCGUGACCGAGUACCCGACCUGCGGCACCCUCCGCCGCAGGGCAUUCAUCGGCGACCCUCUCCACUUUGGCCGCAUCCUGACCGUGGGCGACACGUUCACCUGGCGGGACGUGCUGGACGAGCUGGUGGUGUACGUACACGAUGGGUCAGAGGUCAAGACAGACUCUUUUGGCGUGUCACUGACAGACGGGAUCUAUACAGUACUUGGCACAGUGCCAAUCCAGAUCGGGCUGAUUAACGAUGAAACACCCAGGGUUGCUGUCAACAGGGGACUCCAAGUCCAAAUUGGUUCAACCACAACAAUCACCAACUACGAGCUGCGCGCCGAAGACGUGGACUCAGAGAACAUGCAGUUGAUCUACACCCUGACGGCGGAGCCCACCGUGGGCCAGCUGCAGUUCCUGCUGAACGGCGAGAACAUGGUGCCACUGCGGGUGAACGGGGAGAUGUCCAGCUUCACGCAGAAUGACAUCGAUAACGGGUACGUCCGGUACGUUCACGACCCCAUCGAGGCAGCAGGGACAGCGGUAUUCAAGUUCACUCUCUCAGACCCGGAGGGUAAUGAGCUGAUCGAUCAGUCCUUUCUCAUUACAGUCCUGGAGGACCGGGUGCCGCCCCAGAUCCUGGCCAACCGUGGCCUGACCCUGGCGGAAGGCACCUCCAAGGUGCUCACCACAGACGUCCUGUCUGCCACAGAUGUGGACAGCGUGCCGGGCCGCCUGGUCUACCUGAUUUCGGCGGGGCCCACCUAUGGCCAGCUAGAGUUUGCCGACGUGCCCGGCGUGCCCGUCACUGAGUUCACCCAGGCGGACCUGGCCGCCAAGACGGUUGCCUACGUGCACACCAGCGAGGAGGAGGCCGUCAUGGACAGCUUCACGUUCACCGUGGACGACGGGACCAAUCAGGUGACUCAGACCUUCUACAUCACCCUGACCCCGGUGGACGACUCCCUACCGUUGCUGACCAACCUGGGCAUGCGCGUCCAGGAGGGUGUCCGGAAGUCCAUCACAGAGUUUGAGCUCAAGGCCCAGGACAUGGACACACCGGCGGACUCCAUCAUGUUCACCAUCUUCCGCCAGCCCCAGCACGGCACCAUCGACUACACCCCAGACGAGGCGCGCUACGCCCCCACCUUGACCUUCUCUAUGACCGACGUGUACGAGAACCGCAUCAGCUACAGCCACGACGGCAGCAACACCCUGGAAGACAGCUUUGAGUUCACGGUGACGGACGGCACCAACCCUCUCUUCAUCAUCGAGCAAGGGACAGAGCUCAUUACCACGUCUGCACAACAGACAUUUCAGAUAACCAUCCUGCCCGUCGAUGAUGGCACUCCCAGAAUCAUCACCAACCUGGGCCUGUCCUACCUGGAGUACCUCGAUGAGCAGGCGAUGGGCAUCAUCACCCGAAAGAACCUGGCCACCAUGGACGCGGACACGCCCGACAACCUCCUGGUCUACACCAUCAGGACUCCGCCCAACCACGGCAUCCUGGAGUCCACCCUGACCCCCGGCACCCCGAUCACCGUCUUCACCCAGGAGGACAUCAACAAUGGCAUCAUCCACUAUGCCCUGAACCCCGGGGCGGAGCCGGAGCUGGCCGACCGCUUUGUCUUCGACGUGGCCGACAGCAAGCCCAACACGGUGUCAGGCACUGUCUUCCGCAUCCGCUGGUCCCUGAUCCACCUGGAGCGGGGCGCCUACAAUGUCAGCGAGACGGCCGGGGUCAUCAGCGUCCCCGUCAAGAGAAGCGGCAAUCUCAAUCAGUAUGCCAUCGUGCUGUGCCGUACCGAGUCUGGCUUUGCCACGUCGGUAGGUGGACAGCCUGGAGAGAGAGACUACAUUGAGCAGGCCGUCCAGGUGCAGUUUGAAGAGCGGGAGGACACCAAGCUCUGCAGCAUCGUCAUCAACGACGACGCGGUGUUUGAGGGGCUGGAGGACUUCAUCGUGGAACUGAGUAUGCCUGCCUAUGCCCUGCUGGGCGACCCAACAGCAGCGCUGGUCACUAUAACGGACGAUGAAGACGAGCCAAGCAUUGAGUUUGAUCAGUUAGUUUUCCACGUCAAUGAAAGUUCGGGAUUCCUCUUUGCUCCAGUCACCAGGAAGGGCGAUUCCAGUCGCAGCGUCUCUGCCAUCUGCUUCACCAUCCCCGGCACGGCCACGGGCAGCAGCCUGACCGGCCUGGAGUCGGGGUCGGACUACAAGACCAGAGGGAUGGACGGCGAGUACCGGGUGGUCUUCCCGGCCGGUGUCAACACGGCGUCCUGCGACAUCAAGAUCAUCGACGAUGCCAUGUUUGAGGCAGAGGAGGAGUUUGAGAUCGCGCUAGCCAUGCCAUCGCUGUGGAGCAGGCUAGGGAGGAAAUCCAGGGCCAUGGUGAUUAUCAACGGGCCGAAUGACGAAUCGCUGGUUUCUCUGAGCCAGAACACCUAUAUCUUCAAUGAGAACGCCGGCACAGUGGAGAUUGAGGUAGUGCGUCACGGCAGUGAUCUGUCCCACACGUCCAUGGUCUGGUGCUCGGUCAAGCCCAGCGACCCUCCCUCAGCCACGCCGGGUGCCGACUUUGUGCCGAGUACCAGCCAACUGACCUUUGGCCCACAGCAAACCGUCGAGGUCUGUCGGGUGACCAUAGUGGACGACACGGCCAGUCCUCAGAUGGAAGGCAACGAGACCUUUGUCGUCUAUCUGAGCUCGGCCAUGGGGUCUAGCCUGGCCACGCCCCACGAAGCCAUUAUUGUCAUCAAUGACACUGUGGACGACGUCCCCACGAUGCAGUUCUCUCUCAGCGAAGUCAAGGUGGAAGAGCACCAGGGGCUGGUCCACAUCCCCGUCGUCCGCAGCGGCGACCUGUCCUUCGAGUCCUCGGUCCGCUGCUUCACACGGCAGCACAGUGCCUCUGUCAUGAUGGACUACGACGAGCGCCGCAACACGGACGAGUUCCGGAUCGUCUUUGCCCCCGGGGAGAAGGUUAAGAAUUGCACAGUAGGCAUCGUUGAUGACCAGACUUACGAGGCUGACGAGCAGUUCCGAGUCCGCCUGGGCGAUCCAAUCGGCAGCGAGUUCUGCCACGCGCAGAUCGGCAAGAACAACUCAGCCAUGAUAACCAUCCUGGACACUGAAGACGCUCCAACCGUCCAGUUUGAGCGGAUGGCCUACAGCGUGCGAGAGCCCAGCGACCCGGAUGAGAUGUCGGUGGUGACCCUGACCGUGAUCCGGACUGGCGACCAGAACCGCACCUCCCGGGUUCGGACGAGCACCCGGGAUGGCUCGGCCAAGUCCGGGGUGGACUACGAGGCCCACUUCAAAGUGAUCCGAUUCCGACCAGGCGUCCGUUCCGUGGACAUCGAGAUUAAUAUCAUGUACAACAAGGACAUGGAAUGGCACGAGACCUUCAGCGUGGUCCUCGGACCCGAUGACCCAGUCAACGCCCUCCUGGGGCCCAUCACCAUGGCGACGGUCACCAUCAUCGACGAAGAGGCUGCAGGGAGUGUGGUCCUUCCCUCCACGCCGCUGGUUGUGUCGUUAAUGGACUAUGAUGACAUAGCUGAUAGUUUGGACCAUGAUCCUGCCCCGGGCUACCCACUCAUCUGUGUUACUCCGUGUGAUCCCCACUACCCUGAUUACUCCAUGACGCGUUCCAUCUGUGAAGAUGCGGGCAUCAACAUUUCUAACAUCCACUACAAUUGGGAGGUUGCCAUGCCGACGGAUGCGGAGGGCUCCAGGGCACCCUUUGAGCGCGUCGUGGACUACACCCCAUUCACCGCGCCCAACGAGAAGGUCCUGGACAGCGUCUACUUCAGCCGGCGCUUCCACGUGCGCUGCAUGGCACAGCCCUAUGACCGGAGUGGCCGGCCCGGCGUGCCGCUGCGCAGCAACAUCGUGGAGAUCGGCACAGACAAUGGCAUCUGCCACACCCCGGUCACGGCGGGCGUGGCACGCGGCAUACAGGCCCAGUCCUUCAUCGCCAACCUGCGCUACGUAGACCCGACAGACCUGGAUCACCCCAACACCCUCCACGUCUCCGUGGAGAUCCCCCACCAGGACGGCAUGUUGCCGGCAAUAUCCACCGUCGCCAUCCACAACAUCCGCCUCCUGCUGACGGAGCCCGUCUACCGCCAGCAGCACAUUUGCUCCAACCUCAUCAACAACCCCUCCUGGGGAGGCCUGACCGACUACAGCUUCCUGACCCCCGUGGACCUGGACACCAUGGUCAUGGUCCCCGGCAACAACUACCCCUAUCAGUUUGACCCCCAGCUGCGGGGCCAGAAGGCCCUCAACCUGUACCGCCACCUCAACCUCAAGAGCUGCACCUGGACCUUCGACGCCUACUAUCACAUGACCGAGCUGAUCGAUCUCUGCGGGGGUGCCGUCACCACAGACUUCCAGGUCCGUGACACCGACGAGAGUUACCUGACAGUGACCGUACCCCUCUAUGUCUCCUACAUCUACGUCACAGCGCCCACUGGCUGGGGAGCCCUGGACCACAGGACAGAGAUGGAGUUCUCAUUCUUUUACAAGACAAUCUUGUGGAGGACAGGCCUGGAGACAGACAGCGUGCUGAGCGGCCGCCUGGAGGUGCUGAGGAUCCGGAUCGGGGACAGGGGGAAUCUCAUCAUCGACUUCAAGACCACCACAAAGUUCAGAGGACUGUUUGUUAUGGACCACCACACCCUGCCCGACUACAUCUCCCGGGUCGUACCACCCCAUGAAUUAGGGGUGGGUUUUAACCUACAGCAGCUGUGGAGCGAGGGGACAUUUGACAGUCCCCAGCAGCUAUGGAGAGCCACAAGCACAUACAACUUGAAGGACUACUCUGGUGACUACGUGAUUGAGCUUCUUCCGUGCACCGUCACCCCAACCCAGUCCUUCAACAUCAUGCCCAACAUGCCCGUGGUGUGCACGGCCCACCCGCCGGAGAAGUUUGUAGUUCCUAUUGCCUUCCAGCAGACCAAUCGCCCGGUUCCCGUGGUCUACUCCCUCAGCACAGAGUUCCACCUGAUGAACAACGAGAAGGUUUUCCUGAUGAAUCCUAACGAUGCUGCCAUGAGCCUGCAAGAGAUGGACUACAAAGGAUCCUUUGCGAAAGGACAAAGAAUCUUCGGCCGGGUGCUGUGGAACCCUGACCAGGACCUGGACCGAGCUUACAAGCUGCAGAUUGAGAAGCUCUUCUUGUGCACGGGGGCGGACGGCUUCGUGCCCUACUACGACCCGGAUGGUCAGAUCUACAAGGAGGGUCCUCAGCUGGGCUGUAUGCAGGAGAACCGAAAGCUGAAACACCGCUUCUUGAUUCUGGAUCGUGGUGACACUGAUGCUGUCACUUCAAAUUUCAACGACGUGCCCUUCGAUGCAAACUUUGCGAGUAACACCGAAAACUACAACGCCGUCAGUAACAUGCCAGGCGUGGAUGGAUUCAUCAUGAAGGUUGAUCCGUUGUACAAGGUCCAAUCCGGUCACCAGUGGUACAUGCAGGUAAUCUACACCAUCGGGCCAUCUGACUCCCUGCCACGGUUCCGUCGUUCCCUGCUGGCGUCCGUGCCCAACCCACUCAACCCCAACGGCCACAAGCCCAGCUCCCACCACAAUGGCACCAACAUCAAAUCCCUGCUGCUGGAGGAGGGCGACUUCGAGGGAGGCGUGGCGGGCAGCGCGACGGGCACGGUGGUGCCGGCUGUGGUGGGCCUGCUGGUGUUCCUGGCACUCCUGUCGGUGGCUAUUCUUCUUGUCGCCAGACGACUCCGGAGCAGGCGAGCAGCUUCGGAGAACCGGCGGCAUCGGAAGCGGCGGGCGGCGGGCAAGCCAGCCCCCAAAGUGGCCAACCGGGACUCCGCGUCAACCAAGUCACUUCCCAACAACAAGUCGCCGCCCAAGCUCCAGGAGAUCGAGAUGGACAUGCAGAAAAUGGUCAAAGUUAGCACUCUAAAUCUGCACAAACCAGAGAACUUAAACACGCCGGCCGUCAAGGUCAAAAAGGUUAACCUACAGGUCAAGUUAUCCAACGCCGGCAUCGAGGGCGGCACAGAAGUUUGAUGGUUUGUUCCGGCCCUGUACAUUUUUAGUUGUCAAUUGUUUUGUUUGCAUUAUUUAAAUACCAAAAUAUGAAACAAGGGUGCUUUAAAUGUUAUUUUUUUUAUAUCGGUACAUUUUUUAUUGUGUCGUCAACUCAAGAAAAGCGUUUUGACUUUUUUUUUUAAAGAACAUAUGCCACAGGAGUUUAAAGAGAGAGAGCCAAGGUGGCAUUUUCUACCUCUAAGUUGUUUUCGUUGUGGUUACACUAUCCCAAGCCUAUGCUAUUAAAUGUAUUUCUACAGAUUGUAAGUAGCUGCCUAUUUAUGUGUAUUGAGCUUAAAGCGUAUCAGCAGUCAACUUUUUUUCACACUGUUGCUGUUUUUUGCCACUGUUUGUAAAAAUUGAAAAAAAAAAAAGAAAGAAAGAAAAUGGUCUUCCUCGCUUUGUUGGAGAAUGUAGACAGCUUUAAUGCUAUUCAACUAAUUUAAAUGACAUCAUGCCUAAAAAUCAAUUAGUAUGCCUAAAAAUCAAUUAGUAAGAUAAAAAUUGAAUUGCAGUAUUGUAGUACAUGAAUAUAAACAUGACACGAAACUUUUAGUGAUAUGAACGCUGUAUGUUACACUCGUACAUCUUAUUUAUACUUUGACUUUUUUUUAGAUUAAGUGAGGUUUGAUUGUGUUAUUUUUGUCCUAGCAUCGACUUGAAUUGACAAAUGAUUUGAGUUACUGCUUGGAAGGAACUUAUUGGGGGUGGUUACUAAAAUGCCUGCCAUGUGUGGUUUAUUGUUUACGAAUGCCUCAUGGCGUGGUGCACAUAGAUGUCCAUUUCAAAAUAAGGAAGACAGGAAAAAUGAGACAAAAGGAGCUCGGAGCAAAUGCUGGGCUGUCCAGAGAAUGGGAUCUCCGAUUUGAAACUGAUCCUGCUGGAAAUAAGGCUGCUUGCUACUGCCUGGAUUACAGUGGUGAAGAAAUAUCGCUGAGUGGAUGACCCCUCCGAUCAAGCACCAGCGGAGAGCCAGUCGCAGGUGGUGUGCAUGUUACAUAUCAGUUUGGUUGGUAACCCACUGCUGUUCAGCAAAUGUUCUUCAGCAAAUGUUCUUCAGCACUCAGCCAGUCUCUGUAUUAAGCAGUUUUUUUAUAUUGUAGGUGUGCAGACAAUUUGCCCUUUUUUCAUGUCACCAAACCUUUUCAUGCGUGAAUUUGUUUUCCAUAGUUACAGUGAGGGAAAUAGACGUUUCUUACAAUUUCCUCAGAGCCUGAUUACCCUCCUCAAAAUGUAUUGGCUGCACCCCCUUGCAUUUUCUGUCUAGACCUACAUCUGGUUUCAGCACGUCAAAAGCUUUGGUUUGAAAAUGGUAUCCUGUUGGGAUACCCCACAGUUUUGGACAGGCCAAGUUUGAGGGUCUGAAACCGUGAUCCAGCUUUCCUUAUUGGCAAUCAUGCUGACAGAUUUUUUUUUUUUUAACAGUGACAAAAUAUUUUCUUCUUUUUUUAUAUUGUACAUGUUAGCUUAAUGGUGCUCUGUGAGGAAGUGAGAAAGAGAAAUGUUUGUACAGUUAGCGUUUUUUACUUUCUGCUGUAUUUUCUUCUUUCCUUUGUUUAAUAGUUAAGAAAAAAACUGUGAAAUCCACAAAUUCAGGGAGACUAGUAUUAUAACUGCCAAUGCUGCAAGGAAGAGGGAAAGUAGUUUUAACAGCCUGAGUGUGAAAAAUAUAAAAAGGCGUUGUACCUGCCUCGACAAAGCAAUCGGUUAAUAGCUGAAAAAAUAAGUGCCUGGGAGCAUUUUCAUUUUUCACUUCCAUUCUCCACACUGCUCUUUCACAGCCAUCAGACACGUCUCUGGUUACACUCAGGAAAUCGAUAGCUUUCUCUUUCUGUUUCAUGAUUCUUUGUAGACUGGAUUUAGGUCUGUUUGCUGGUUCUUUAAAAAAAAAAAUCGAUUUUUGAGGAUGUUUUGUUUUCUGAGCUAGGAUAUUACGUUUACGUAGUCACUGAUGACUGAUGUACUAGGUCAUCGUUCGUGUUUCAUGAUGUUUAGCAUUACAUACACAAUGUUUACAAAAUCUGAUGUCUAAAAUAAAACCUGCCUCAUUUUGUAUUCAACCCCACAUUUUUUUAUCCUCCUCGUUUUGAGAACAGAUCCUCUGCAAUUAUGAUAGACUUGCAGAAAUUAUUGUACAUUGCAAUAUAGUGUUACCAAGCAAUUACUGUCGACUAAAUUGUUUUAACCAGCAUACUUGUGCCUUUGACAUAUUUGUAUGCGCUGUAAAUGUAAAUGCAUCUCACUGCCAGAUGCAGUCUCUCUUCUGUGUUUUUCCAGAGGUCAGUUUUAAAAACAUUUAAACAUUUUCUUUAAUGUGAUUAAUUAUGUGUCAGUUCUCAAACUGACGCCAAAUAAACCUUUCUGCCUUGUUGCAAUUUUACACAAAGGACCACUGGUGGAACAGGUAGAAUUUGUAAGAAUUGUAAAAUUGGGCAAUGUGACUUUUCUUUUUAUAUUUCCUAGUGUGUACAAUUGUCUCACUUUUGAAUAGUAUGGUGCUAUAUUUGUUUUUAUUACCACUGAAGUGCCUGAAAAUCGCAGUUCUUGUGAUAAUCGGGUAUUUGUUUCGUCAAUAGGUUAUGUAGAGGCUUCCACACUUUUCUGGCCCAGCCACAGAGGAGGGAAAAAAUGAAAUUUGAAGUUGAAAUUACGUUUCCUUGAAAAGAUGUGGAAGUUUACGUAGGCUGUAUACAUUUAUAUUUGUCAAGGUAGAAAUGGAAUGCCUUGUCCUGGAAUGUGGAGCUGAAAACUAGAACUUUUUUAGAAGCGGAAACCGAUGGUAGAUUGUUACAUAGUACAUGUGCCGCCAUAGUUUGAGAGUUGAUUCAAUGGCCUAAUUGUGUCCUCAGUAUACCUUCUGGGAAAGAAUACAAGGUCGAUGCACAGCAGUCAAGGUACUAGACUCUUUCCAUUGAUUAAAGAUUUCUCAACCGUUUGGGUACGAGGACCCAUUUACAAUGAUUAGCAGCAACAGAAAUGGAUAUGACCCUUGGCAUGGAAGUUGCACACAACGCAGAACUCCACUCAGUACGAAACGUACUGACUCUCCACAAUACUAGGAGCACAAGAAUCAAAGGUAACAGGAGGACCUGCUCAACCAUGCCAGCCAGUCUAUGAUGUCAUACCUAACAAGACCACUGAUUGGCCAGAAUGCAAUGCCUUGGUAUGGUUCCUUAUAGCUUGGCUUGUUUGCUGUCUGCGUACACAGUCCAACAGGAAACCACUGUUUCAUACUUGUUUGAGGUUUACAGGCCUCCGUUACCUGUUGACUUUGUAACUGGGCCCUCAAGUUGACAGAUGCAAUGGACCUCCAAAUACCAUGACACUUCAGUACACACUGACACCACGUGAACGUUCUUGGUGUAAAGGUGUGAUGCAGCCCGGAUUAUUAUAGCCACUGGAUUGAUAAAAAAACCUGAGCACAUGUAAUUAUUUUGCAGGACAUAAUUUACUUUCUGCACAGGAAUUCGCAUGUGAAACAACAUGGACUCCAUCAGGAGCAGUUGGAAGACCUGCAUGACACACCUUUGGGAGAGUGGCUGAGGGUUUUUUUUUUUCUUAGUUUGUUUUAUAUAUGGAAACAUUAGAGCUCUAGAUCCAAUCCAGCUGUUGGCUACAUUGACACAAGUUUUGGAUGUCAGUCUUGUAAGAUGGUUGUCACACUUCGUUUUCAUUUGAUGCUUUUGACGAAGGCAUGCUACUUGUAAUCAGCUUGUACAUCUUGACUUGGUUUCAGUUGUACUGUGUAUUUACUGGGUUUGGGAAUACCUUGGCUUUUUUUAGGUGGGGCAAAGCUUUUUAGCACUGAAAUGUUAUAUUUACUUAUUGUUGUCUCGAUAGUAUUUUGUCUUCCACACAUUUUAAGUGGAAUUAUUUCUAUUUAAUUUUGGGCAGUCUAGAUGCCUGAAGGAGUAAUUAUUUGAUUCUGAAGAAAUAAAGAGGUACCAAACGGGAAUGGA